CGCAUAACUGGUUCUUGAGGCUUUUUUGCUAUAUUUCAUGGAAUCAUCUUCCAUUCCUUCCAGAGAGAGUGAUGUUCCAGAUUCAGCAUCUCCUUAUCAUGCAAAAUAUAAGGAGAUCAUCUCAAGCCUUCCUCGAAUUGAAAAUGGGUGGGGAGUAUCUCAGUAUCUCCAUCAAUACCAAGGCUUUUGGAUCAACACAAAUUUGCUUGAAGGGAUCAUCUAUGCUCAACACUGCUUAAAAGCUCAACCUACUGAUAUUUUCAUUUGCAGCCAUCCAAAAGCUGGAACAACUUGGCUUAAAGCCCUCUCAUUUGCCAUUCUUACAAGAAAACUUUACAGCAAUGCCUCUACAAAUCCUUUGUUUUCCGAGGUUCCACAUGAUGUUAUGCCCUUCAUUGAUGUGUUAGCUUUUACUGAUAUUAUUACUAGAGACCCCAAACUUCCAUUUUUGUCCACUCACAUCCCUUACCCUUCAUUGCCCAAGUCCAUUGUUGAGUGCAAGUGCAAAAUUAUUUACAUCUGCAGGGAUCCCAAGGAUUUGUUUACUUCGUUUUGGCACUUUUCUGAGAAGCUGAGAGGUACAAGCACAAAGACCUUGCCAUUGGAGGAGGCGUAUCGGGAUUUUUGUGAAGCACACUAUCCUUAUGGGCCUUAUUGGGAUCAUGUUUUGGGGUACUGGAAAGCGAGCCUUCAAUUUCCUGAGAGAAUUCUCUUUAUCAAAUAUGAAGAUCUGCAGAAUGACACGUUCUCCUAUGUCAAGAGAAUGGCAGAGUUUAUGGGUUGCCCUUUCUCCAUUGAAGAAGAAAGUCAAGGAUUUGUGCAAAAAGUUGUCGACUUGUGUAGCUUUGAGAAGCUUAGCAAUUUGGAGGUGAAUAAGAGUAAAAAUCCCAGCUCUUCAACAGGAUUUUUGAAAAUAGAAAAGAAUGCAUUUUUUAGAAAAGGUAAGGUUGGUGAUUGGGAGAACUAUUUGACGGCUGAAAUGGCAGCUGAAAUUGACCAAAUAACUGAGCAGAAGUUCAGUAGUUCCGGCUUGUUUUUAUGAUCUCCAUCGAACAUCUCUGUCUUUGUGUCAUGAUUUUAAUCUUGUGGUGUUGCUCUCCCAUGUAUGUGUUGAAAACUGAUUUAAACGUAUUCAAAGUAUGUUCCUAUUUUUGCUGGGUCCCUGUUUUUGUUUUAUGUUCUGAAAAUAAUGUCAUCGUGGGAUGAUUUUCUGUUUUGCACGUUGCCGUGCACGUUUGUUUUGUUUCCUUGCAAAUCUGAGUUUGUUAUUUAAGAUUUCCUUGUACUUGCCUGUAUAAAAAGGGCACUUUGCAUUCAAUAAAAGUGUUGCAGUUGAAACACAAGUAUUUCUCAGUUA